UACAUUGACAGAAAGUAAGAAAAUAAACUAUAGAAUAGAAAUAAAUAAAAAAAAUAAAUACAGGUCAAAUAAUUCAUCAGAAAGCCUCGUUUAUUAUUAAAUAAUUGUUGAGCUAAUUAUAGGAAAAUGCCUACAGUAUUGUUAUUGGAUGUAUCUCUGUCCAUGUCCCGGCCGGUGCCUACUUGCGACACCACAGAAAGUCACACAAGACUAUCAUUAGCAUCAGCAGCUAUAAACACAUUUUUAGACUACCUAAGCUUACAUUCUAAAUUAGAAUAUGUUUCAUUGGUCACUUUUUCUUCAACCUAUGAAGUGACCAUACCUUUUACGCGAGACUAUGAAACUAUCCAAAGCAAAUUACCACAUUUGGAGGAAGGUGAUAAAACAAGUAUAGAAAAUGCUUUACUUGGUGUGAACCAACUGAUCCUCAGUGAAUGGGGCUACCAAACAGCUGUACAAAUUAUUCUGGUAACUGAUGGCAACUGUGGAGUUGGUACAAUUGGCCGCAACCGCAUCAUUCAGGCUCUCCCACUACCCCCAUCAUACCCUGCCAGAAUACAUGUGUUGCCUAUAGUGUCUCCACACGAUUCUUGUUUACAACAUGCUAUGCCACUUUAUCAGAAGAUAGUAGACUUGGCAAUUAAUACCACAAGUGGCUCAAAUCUUAGCAUAACACGAGGUGCUAUUUUCUGUCCUGAACAACUCACUGUCACAGGGGUAAUAUCGGCAAUGACGCGACUCUGUGAGCAACAUUUCCAAGAGUUCUGGUGUACGUUGAAGUGUGGUCAGUUAGAAGCAAAGGUGCAACUGUUUCCGGCCCCGCAAGCAGCGUCGCACGAAGGCCUGGCUGCAAGCUAUACGAUUUCUCACCAACUGCAUGUAGUGGGCUUCCUUCAUCAGCAGGAUUUAGGAACACCAAUAGCAAUAAGUAAGCAUCUAGUCAUACCACAAGCGCAAACAGGAGGAAAUAAUACCAGCCGGGAGAAUUUCGAUCCAAAAACAACAGCAAAGGAAGGUUCCAGUACAGAUGGUUCAACUACUGAAGAAGACACGUCCGACCCUAGCAAGAUACCCAACUUCUGUGUCUUAUUACAUGGUGCUCUCAAAGUGGAAAGUAUGUCGGCCAUAGUGCAACUAGGCGCGGAAUGGUGGGGCACGCUGACGGCGUGGUGCGAGGCGUCGCGCGCGCGCCGCUCGUGCCUGCUGCUGAGCGUGCUGCGGCCCGGCGCGGCCGCCGCGCCCUGGCUGGGCCCGCUCGACCAGCUGGGCGUGGCCGACGAGGGCUCUACUACGGAAUCAUUCCCAAUCCGUUCGUGGCGUUCAUACAUCAGCGGCGGGUCGGGAUUCGCGUGGGCGCGGCCGCACGCGCUGCUCGCUGACGUGCAGAAAGUGUUGCGCCACGCGCGUAAACUGCCGGAUAAGACGCAACAUUUAUAUAAGGAGUUAAACCGUCUCCGUCGAGGCGCGAUCUCCCUCGGUUUCUCAGAGUUACUCACUUGCGUAGGAAAUGCCCUAGAGCGCGAAUGUGCGGCCUUGUCUUCAACCGCCAACCCAGAGUGCGCUCUACAACUAGCACACGCCGCCGCUGCUCUGCGGGACCCAAACACCGCCUUUGAUAUCAAACAUGUGGUGCAACCACUCGCGGCUAACUUCACUGUUACUCCUAUAAACCAUUGAAUAAAUAUUUUUUAUACAAA